AUGGUUUGUGGGCAAGUCCCCAGGUGCCGCAGGCUUUGUCGCCCUCGUCCCUUCCUUCUGGCCUUAGUGGUGGCCAUCUGUCUGUUCUGCCAGACCUUGACUCCGCUCAUGACCAGCAGCAUCCUUUCGGCAGUCAUGAAUGGGAUUGCACCCAACAAACUGACUAAAACACAGCAAGGAAGAUACAAGGACGUCUCCCCAAGCACCACUCACUGCUUCCUCCCCGGCAGUCAUCCGCAGACCGUGAAAAAGAUCAACGACUCCAUUCUCCAGUACUUUGGAAGCCGUACAAGAAGAGCGCUUCUGUACGCACCUCCUGCCCACCGUGAAACCGACCGUCAGCUCUGCCAGCGCAUCCUGGCAAAACAUGGAUAUACAGUCACAGUCCUUGAAAACAGGAGACUGAUGGAAGAUCCCAGCCUUGGAGGCCCUUAUCACAGUCAUGUAAGCCCUUGGGAUCUUUUGAUCUGCUUAUCUUCCAGAAAAAAUGAUGAUACCGGCUGCAUUCAGAUAGAAGACUUGCAUCAUCUAGAGUUAUUCCAGAAGGUAAACCUACUUCCAGAAAUACAGCAUUUCCUUUGCAGAAAAGAGGGAUUAUGCCAGAUAACAAAAGCCUUUUCAGACCUGCAGCUGCCAGUCAUCACCCCAGAGUGCUCCGGCCAGCCUGGGCUGCCAAGGGCCAGCGCCGCAAGCAGCGUGCCCCAGGUCGGCGGCAGGACAGACAAGACACAUUCUGCCCAUCUGCAGUCCUGGUGGGAGCAGAGCAGGAGCACGCAGCUGAAUCAGGUAUCAGCUUCACCAGACCACAAGGAUAUCCUUCAAGCUCAAGACUUUUCUGUCAUCAUUAAAGCAUAUGUGCUUGUGACAUCCUUAACACCUCUGAGGGCAUUCAUUCAUUCAACCGCCACUGUCUGGCAUCCACCCAAGAAGAAGCACUUUUCUGUAAAGCUGCAAAGGUUUUUUGAGAUAUUCUUCAAAAGCAGUUCUCCGCAGCAAGCCUUCAACAACAUGAAGGAAGCUAUAAGCAAACUUCUACUUAUAACUGAGGUCUUCAGUGAAUCAUCUGCCUCAGGACCAAAUUCUUUCAAUCAAUGCAGACAAUGUUUUCAAAUGCUAACCUUUGACAUUGGAUUCAGCACUUCCAUAUACCCAGUAGUUCUUGAGGUGCACGAAAACUUUGACUUUCAAGAUGAGGAUGAAUCAAAUAUUCAGGACCAAAGUUUCAAAGAAUUUCUUUUUGAAGAUACUUUUAAAUUUCUCUUAUCUAAUGAAUCCUCAACAUCCAGUUUCAUAGAAGCUUUACAAAAAAUAUAUGGCUCAGCUGUGAGCAAGGAUGGAACUUACCACAAAGAAGAUGAGCAAUGUUUGUCUUUGGAAGAGAUAAAUUCAAUGAUUACUUUCAUAAAGGAGCUGAAGAGUCUUGGACAAUUUGAGCUGCUUUUCCCUUCUGCUGCACCCAAGAUUCAAACUUUACUGCACGACCUUUAUCACAUGGUAGACCCAAUGAGGCGGCUUGGUUCAGUCCUGACUGUGCAUUGGUUGCUUUCCAGUUUACUUGAACAAUUCCAGUUCAUGACUAAAGAGACGCAUACAAAUCUUUCGGAAUGGAGAAGCAAGAAGAACUCUAGAAACUCAUCUCAAGCUAUAAUGAAAUGGUUACAGCCUAGGAAUCCCUCUCAAGAAAAUGCGAGUCCUAAGCAGAACGUUCCUUCUGACUUCAGGAAGAAUCAUGAAGCAUUACAUUAUUCCAGUAAGACUAAAGAAAGACGAUGCAGUUAUGAUAAAGAUACCCUAUCUCAUAUCAGGCAGAUCUUCACCAGUCCACAGCUGGACCUGAAUCCUCAGUUUAACCCAAAGAUCAGAGAAUACUAUGCAGAAGUCCCAUUCGACAUGGUGACAGUGAAGAUAGGAGCAGAACCCUCUAACUGUCAAUGCCAAGUACAUCUUGACGAGAAGAAAGGGCCAAGCAUUGCUAACUAUCCCCUUGGCCUUGGAUUGAACAAAGUCAUCAUUCUCGUAACAGAUGAUUCGCAGCCCAGUCCUCAGGUUGUGAGCAGCUACAAAAUCACAAUUUAUCGCGAGGACCGCCCUAGUCUGCCAUUGUUUGAUGACUAUAUGAUGUGUGGGUUUGUGCAGGACUGUGGCUCUCGAAUUCGACCAGAGGAGUCCUGUGGCUUGCAGCCUCUGUCUCAUGAAUACCUCUCAGCAAUUUCACAGACGGUGUUUAAGACCUGUGAAGCUGGAGACACCAAAGGGCAGUGGAUUGUCCCUUGCCUCAGCUGCUCUGACAACAGGACCUGUGACUGGAGAGAAAUAACGUGGCAGCCCCACGGCACCGCCCGGGCGGGCGGAUACGCUGUGCUAGCCAAGCCCCAGCUCCAGCGCUGCGUGGAGGGCAGAAGGAUUCUUUUUAUAGGUGACUCAACUAACAGAGGGAUGAUGUACUAUCUCAUAGAAAGAGUGAAUAAGACUCUUCAGGAAUGGCAAAAGACUCAUGAUGUCAAAUGUUAUAAUAAUAUCAAUGAGGGGAAAACCUUCAUCAGUUACUCCUACUACCCCCAGUUUUGGAUGAACGCAAGCCAGAGACCAACUUUUGAAAAAGCGCUAGAACAGCUGCUGCAGAGAUCGCGGCCCCUGGAGAAUACAGACCAGACCGUAUUAAUUGUAGGUGGCGUUCAGUGGCUUAAUUCCAAUCACCUGCAAAUUAUCCAAAAGGUGUUGAACAGGGAAAAUCUAUCAAAUAUCCUGGUAAUUAUCAAAUCCAUAGGGAUGGGCUUUCACCUCCCAGUGGAUGGAAUACAUUCUCUAUCACAGGCAGAAGUGCAAAACUUGUGGAAUGAAAACUUGGUUAUUCUGGAUACAGCAAAAAAUUUCGGCUAUGAAGUUGUUGACACCUUUGUCAUCACCAUGGGACGUUACAAAGAAUUCCUGCAAGGGAAGUGUGGCUGCAAUUUCCAUGAGGUGGUGAAAUCCAAUCCCUCUGAAGAAAGUCCACACAUAACAAUGACGUUAUCAAGGCACUACACACUGGGGAAAUAUUUCGGCAGUAAAAGCAAGCCAUCACAACUGCAGGACUAUGCAACAAAUUCUCAGUCCCCAUAUCAUGUCCGAGGUCCAAUAAAUCAAGUUUAUUCUGAAAUCCUUCUCAGCAGGCUCUGUGCAAGCAAGAGGGAGCUUGUCAGCACAUAG